ACCAUGAUGGGUUUAACAACAAUGAAGUCAUUCUGUAUCUACAGUACAGGACUCAUGUAGUGGGGAUGGGUAAACACUCCAUGUUGAAAGUGUGUUUAUUAUCUGUGUGUACGUACCUGAGGGAGUGGAUGUCUGUAUCACCUCUCUCUUCCAGGAGGGGGAGGGUCCAGAGGUGCAGCUAAUAGAGGAGGGGUGUGAGGAGGGUCUGGGGAACCCUGAGGGGACCAUGGUCAUUGAGGACAACCAGACUACACCUCCUGAAUCCACAAAGGAACCAGUUGAGCAGCACAGAACCACACACAGUCUCACUGAGACUGCAAUCCAUGAGGACCUGCUGAUAUCUGGUGUUGCUGGUGGGAGAGACUGGACAUCUGAAGCAGCUGGUCACAAAGCCUGGCCCCGGAUCAGGACCUUGGAUCAGGAGCAGUCACUCUUAUUUCCCGAGUCGGAACAAGAAUCAAACCACAAGGGACAGCGACUCCACCACCACACAGAACACAACCGGUGGACAGGUGGACUGAACAACCUCAGUCCUGGUGGUCAUCAGAGAGACAGAGGCUCCAGUCAGGGAUCCAGUCUGCAACCCAGACCCUUCUCUUCAGUCUCAGUGCAGGGAUGAAGCAGGGCCUGGGGCUGAUAGAGACAGACCCUCCUAUUCCUAUGAUACAAACACCACAGUAUCCAUGAUGAACAGAGCAGGAAACAAUGUGGCCAAGCACCAGACCGUUCACACCAAGGAGAGGCCUUUCAUGUGCAAAGUAUGUUACAAUAGCUCUUUCCUGAGUAACCUUACCAGACAUAGGAGUGUCCACAAUGGGGAGAAAGCACUGUGGUUUGAGUUUUACACAGGGGAUAUCUGGGAACCAUUCUUUAUCUGACAUAUUAUAGUUAUCAUGUGUCUUGGGGUAAGAGGGUAAUUAACCACAUACCCCUCAUUACCCUUUGUUAACUUGUCAUUUGAAACAGGCUUGAGUAAAUGUUUUUAGAGAAACAGUAAACCUAGGCUAGAACAAGGAGAGUUUAAUAUUUACCACACUGAGGUAAUGUAGAUGGAAUAGUCAUUCUCGGGUCGUUCCAUCUGAUUUUAAUAACUUUUGACCACACCCCUUUAUACAUAUCUGCCCAUGGUAGAAGUGGUCAGAAAGUGCAUUUUUGGACCUGAAUUCCAAAACAUUUAGGAGAUAGAGGUGCUCAAAGUUGAUCAAAUUUGCAUACCCCAUCAUACCAUGAGACAUCCAUGUCUUCAUCACUGGGAAAGAUAAACAGUUGAGUUUGAUAGAAUUUAAGAGCUUACAAACAGGGUUGUCAAACUAUUUUAUAAUUUAUUUUAAAAAGUCAUACAAAUUAAUAACUUUGAACCUAAAUCCAGUUAAUGUUGAUUUUACAUUUAAUUCAGGUUAAUUGACAAAUCAACCAAAUGUAAAUCAAAACUAGACGUUGAACUGACGUCAGUGCGCAGGAUGUCUAAUGGUGCAAAAUGGAUCAACUUUAAGCACCUCUAUCUCCUAAAUGUUUUGGCAAUCAGACCCAAAAAGUCACUUUCUUGACCACUUCUACAAUGUGCAAAUGUGUAGAAAGUUGGCAUCAAAUCAAAAAGUUAUUGAAAUCAAAUGGAACGACCACACCCUUUGAGCUAUGAUCCCAACCAAUAAGAUCCUCUCUUCAGUGUAAAAGGGGGCACCGUUUGGUGUGACGCAGACCCGGUGGAGAACGCAAGACUGAAGUGACCCUGUCGGUACUUUCGAGUUUUGAUACAGAGUUAUUACCUGAUAAAGUAAUGUUAGGACAUGUAAGUUAUCCCGUAAAAGCAUUUGUUCCAAACCCCCUACAGUGGGACAAAAGAGCGUGUUGUUUUGGUGUGAAAAGCUGUGUGUCAAUUGUGGGGGUGGCCAUGUUGCUGGGGAUCAGAAAUGUCCUGUGCGAGUGAGACAGGGUGAGGUUGCCAGGGUGAGAGCAGAGCGGAAAGUGUCAUAUGCUAAGGCAUUGAGGAAAGUAGAAGAUGGAGCGCUAUGGGUGAGAGAUCCUGAGAGGAUCCCUGUGAGUAGUAGGCCAGUGCAGAGUGACUUGAAUAGUUUAGGCUUUAGUAAGGUUGGCUUCUUGGUGUUUAUUGCUAUGGUCAUUAAUUGUACCGCACGGAUGGAAUGGAAAUCCCAGAAUAUAGAUUUUUUUUUGUAGCAGCAGCAGAAGAACUACAGGGAAUUUUGAGAGAAAGGCUUCCAUAUUCGUUAGGGCCAAAGUAGUGGGAAGGAGUGGUGGGUUUGUUGGGGAUAGUGGUGUAUAUGAAGGGUUAGAUGGAGGUGCAAUUUCUUUUUUCCUACUCCCCAUUUUCUGUGAACAAAAUGUGCAAUUCACACCGACCUGUGAAGGGCAGCAAUACGCAACAAAGCAUCUAGUCAGAAGAUGUCGUAUGCGUAGGCAGUGAAGAUGGGUCAAGGAUCCUAAGAGGCUCCAGUUGAGUAGUAGACUUUGUCAGUAGAGUGAUAGGCCGACAAACGAAACAUGAUUCAGUAAGGUUGGCUUUUUAGCGUUCAUUGCCAUGGUUAUCAACUGUACCGCCGGAAUGGAAAUCACAGAAAAUAGGUGUUGUGGUGGCAGCUGCAGAGAAGUGCUUGUGAUUACGGGAAAUGACUACGGAAGAGUUACAUGGUGUGUUGAAUGGUAGUGUUCUGUCCUCCCAGGCUGUUGGCAUGGUGUAUGAUCAGAUAGGAUCAACAUAGCGGAAUGGGGGGUGGGUUUUUAAUGAAUGUUGAUUUAGUUGGCAGGGUUUUUCCUUUUCCCAAUUAUACUCCAGUCCAGCUGAUGGCGGUAAUGUAACGUUAAUAUUGGAUGCCAACCGGAAUUAAACUUACUGAAGACGUAGUCUCCCGGAAAACCAAACCAAAAAAAAGUAAACGGAAGUGAACAAUAAUUUCAAAGUUAGCCUUUUAUUGUUGUAUUUAGACGUUUAUUAACACCCUAGAACUCAACAUAUGACUCAUUUAACGGCACAGCAUCACAUACUUACCCCAGGUAGUGUUUAAUUCGCGUUGGAAACAGGACAUAAAUUAGAGGUUUUAUAUAAGUAACGCUAGCUAGCUCUUAACGUUAGCUAAUAAUGGCUAACUGUAUGGUUUUUCACACUCAAAUAGCCUCCAUCAUGGAGGUGCUGGCGAAUGCAGCCGUGGCAGACAUUUGUAAACUCGUAGACGACGACUAUGCAGUGUUUCGUUUAGAAAUAACUCAAAGCCAGAAAGAAAACAGGACAUUGCGGAGGAAACUUCAGCUAAUGGAACUGAAGGAGGCACGGGAGCGCGCAGAGAAUAUGACGCGAGGACGCGUCGUCCCAGGUAGUACGACUACGAGUAGUGGCAAUAUCCUGGACCGAUACAGAGGAAUGGCAAGAGGUGAAGGACAUCUCACUGGAGGCCACAGGAUCUCUGUGAAGCCAGCAGGACACAAUACAUGGAGAGAUGACCAACCAAUCACUAUUGGUGAGGGGAGUGGACCCUCAACCCAGCACAUUAUCAUGAUAGAGUCUGCAGAAGUUGCAGGUCUUGGGGUCAAGCACGAGAUGUCUGAAGGAGAGGAGGACCCACGGCACAGCAGAGACAUCCAGACUGGAGAGACUGGACCACCCCUUGUAGCCACGGAGGACCCCACCACCACCCCAGCACAGCCCAGGAUCAGAAGCAGCAUCACGGAAGUCAGUGGAAGACCAGAUGCCGUCCUCAAGUCAGAGACAGACACCAAGACUUUAACUGUAACACAAAGGCAUUUACACAGAGAGAGACAGGGGCUGGGGAGGCUGGACUGUCCUCCUGCUCCCAGCUCAGAGUAUUUACUUUACGAUAACCCGAGCCCGGUUCAUUCCCAUCGAGACUCAGGUGACGAGACUGGCAAUGAACCGUCUUGUUCUUACACUACAGAGAUGGACCCUGGCACGCCCUUGGGUUUAGAGACACAAACUGGUCCAUCUAGAGGUGAUUGGAACCGGUACAGUAGUAGUGUAUACUCUGAAGGGUGCCUAGAUAAGAAAGGGGAGGGUCUGAUCGUAGAUGACGUGAAAGUGGAGGGCGAUGUUCCUCCCACAUGGAAUGCAGAUAGUCACCUUGGAGACGGACACUCACAAGGCAGAGAUUUCUUAGACAGCAGGGUGUUCAGGGAUCGCAACCCAGUGUCCACGUCGUCGAUGGGGCCUUCUGAUUCACACGGCCACGUUAUUUUCGAUCAGGUAUUGAACUCAAACGACCGGGCUAGAGCCCAGGCUCAGGGAGGGGGAGCUACAUCAGGCAAUAGUAAAGAGAAAAGGUUCCUCUGCAUGUUCUGUAGCAAAGGCUUCAGUUGCUCCCAAAAGGUGGAGAUCCACCAGAGGGUCCACACAGGGGAGAAACCCUUCAGCUGUACCCAGUGUCACAUGCGCUUCGCAGAGGCUGGCAACCUGAAGAGGCACCAGAGGGUCCACACAGGGUUGAAACCCUUCAGCUGUACCCAGUGUCACAUGCCCUUCGCCCAGGCUGGCAGCCUGAAGAGACACCAGAGGGUCCACACAGGGGAGAAACCCUUUAGCUGCUCUCAGUGUGAGAAGAGGUUCUCACGCCAGCACCAGCUUAAGAUCCACCUGAAGGUCCACACAGGAGAGAGACCAUUUACCUGUACGCACUGCGGAAAGAGGUUCUCAGAGAGGAGCUGCCUCAGGAUACACCAGCAGAAAAACCAUUCCACUCUAUAACAUAGGAAGUAACCAUUCCACCCAAUAUCUGAUGUUUAGAUUUCAGCGUUUAAUAUUCCUGGGUAGAAUAUUGCAUCCAGACAUGGUGUAAAAUACAGUAUAAGGCAUAUAUAUACAGUGCCUUCAGAAAGUAUUCACACCCCUUGGCUUUUUCCACAUUUUGUUGUUACAAAGUGGAAUUAAAAUGGAUUUAAUUGUGAUUUUUUUUGUCAAUGAUCUACACAAAAUGGAAUUUCUUACAUUUGUUUAAAAAAAUAAAAAUAACACUAUCUUUAUUAGCUUAGUAUUCAACCCUCCGAGUCACACCUUUGGCAGCGUAAUCGCUGUAAGCCCUUUCCACACCUGGUUUGUGCAACGUGUGCCGAUUUUAUUAUUCUCAAAAUUCGUUAAGCUCUGUCAAAUUGGUUGUUGAUCAUUGCUCGACAACAAUUUCAGGUCCUUCGCUCCAUUCUGUUAUUUAUUUUUUAUCCUGAUAAACUCCCCAGUCCUUAACAAUUACAAGCAGACAUAAGCCUAGGAAGAGUAGUGUGAAUAUUGUAUAUAUUUUUUAAAAUAAUUUUGAUUGUUUCUUUUUGCAUUUUUAUAUUUUAGUUUUGGCUGCUCUAGGGUUUGAUCACUAUAUCCUGUGGUUUUGACUCUUAAAGUUGCAGGAUCGUAAAUGAAGUAUUUUGGCUUGAUAGCUUUCUGGCUGUUUGUUUAAUCUGUUUGGAAAUAUUACAACAAGGACUGCAUGCUGUGUCCAGAGGUAACAGAGGAAGUUCCAGUGAAAGCUCCUAGCCAAGGGGUUGAAUACUUAGUGGAAAGAAAAAGUUUGUUAACCCUUUGGAAAUACCUGAAUUCCUGCAUAAAUUGGUCAUAAAAUUUGAUCUGAUCUUCAUCUAGGCCACAACAAUAGACAAAUGGUCUGCUUAAACUAAUAACACACAAACAAUGAUACGUUUUCAUGUCUUUGAGCACAGUGUAAACAUUCACAGUGCAGGGUGGGAAAAGUGAAGCCUUGGAUUUAAUAACUGGUUGACCAUCCUUUGGCAGUUUUCUGUAGUUGCGGAUCAGACCUGCACAACGGUCAGAAGGAAUUUUUCACCAUUCCUCUUUACAAAACUGUUUCAGUUCAGCAAUAUUCUUGCGAUGUCUGGUGUGAACUGCUCUCUUGAGGUCAUGACACAGCAUCUCAAUCGGGUUGAGGUCAGGACUCAGGUCAGGCAUAUUUUCAUCUGUUGAAGCAAUUCUGUUGUUGAUUUACUUGUGUCUUUUGGGUCGCUGUCCUGUUGCAUCACCCAACUUCUGUUGAACUUCAAUUGGCAGACAGCCUAACAUUCUCCUACAAAAUGUAUUGAUAAACUUGGGAAUUAAUUUUUCCAUUGAUGAUAGCAAGCUCUCCAGGACCUGAGGCAGCCCCAAACCAUGAUGAUCCCGCCACCAUACUUUACAGUUGGGAUGAGGUUUUGAUGUUGGUGUGCUGUGUGUUACUUCCAAACAACUCAACUGUAGUUUUUCAUCUGUCCACAGAAUAUUUUGCCAGUAGCGCUGUGGAACAUCCAGGUGCACUUUUGCAAACUUCAGACGUGCAGCAGUUUUUUUUGGACAGCAGGGACUUCUUACGUGGUGUCCUCCCAUGAACACAAUUCUUGUUUAGUAUUUGACUUAUUGUAGACUAGUCAAUAGAGAUGUUCCAGAGAUUUCUGUAAGUCUUUAGCUGAUACUAGGAUUCUUCUUAACCUCGUUGAGCAUUCUGCACUGUGCUCUUGCAGUCAUCUUUGUAGGAUGGUCACUCCUAGGGAGAGUAGCAACAAUGCUGAACUUUCUCAAUUUAUAGACAAUAUUUCUUACCAUGGACUAAUGAACAUCAAGGCUUUUAGAGAUAUUUUUGUAUCCCUUUCCAGCUUUAUGCAAGUCAACAUUUCUUAAUCUUAAACAAAAGAGAUCUCAGAAGACUUAAGGUAUGGUUCACAUCAGGCAAUGCUUCUUGUGAAUAGCAAACUCAAGUUUUGUGAGUUUUUUUUUAGGGUAGAGCAGCUCUAACCAACAUCUCCUUGAUUUGACUCCAGGUUAGCAGACUCCUGGCUCCAAUUAGCUUUCAGAGGAGUCAUUAGCCUAGGGGUUCACAUACUUUUCCCAACCUACACUGAACGUUUAAAUCUUGUAUUCAAUAGACACAAAAAAUACAAUAAUUUGUGUUAUUAGUUUAAGCACGCUGUUUAUUGUUGUGACUUAGAUGAAGAGCAGAACAUUUGAUGACCAGUUUAUUCAGAAAUCCAGGUAAUUCCAAAGGGUUCACAUACCUUUUUCUUACCACUGUAGCAGAGAAAGUUCAGGGAAUGCACCUAACCACUGCCAAGAUGUGGCUUUUCAGCAGCGGUGGCAUCACCCAGGUGGGUGCUACAUUCCUGUCAAUGGAGGACCAGUACCAGAGAAGCAGCUCCAAUGGAGUGACUGACCAUUCAGAGAAGCAGGUGCGGUGGCCUGUUUUCUUUCAGACUGUCUUUGUUUCACCUUGGCUGUCCCCUUGAUGCCCCCUCUACUGAACCUCCACUGCCUUUCCACUGACCCUAAAGUCCAAACUGCCUCAACUUCAUCCCAAGCUGCCUGAAGCUUUCAAUCUCGAUAAUUUACAUUUGACUAUUUAGACGCUUUGAGUCUUUGAAAAGCACUAUACUAGUUCAAAAAAUGUAUUCAUAUCUGUAACCCAAGUAUUCCUAGUAGGUUGGAUCUACAUGUUAAUGUUCUUAAAUUGUUUGAGCCAUUUUAUUAAGAGGACCACAAUGGAAAUACGUUUUCAAACUUGUCAUCCUCGAUUACUUUAUAAUGCGUUAUCCAGAUGCGUGGUUGAAUGGAUUUAAAUGAUCAAAUAAAUCUAACAUGAUGCAGCCACCACUAUGCUUGAAAAGAUGGAGUAGUACUCACUGUGUUGUAUUUGCCCCAAACAUAACUGUAUUCAGGAAAAAGUUAAUUGCUUUGCCACAUUUUUUUGCAGUAUUACUUUAGUGCCUUGUUGCAAACGGGAUGCAUGUUUUUUGGUCUGUACAGGCUCUCUUUUGACUGUGCCAAUUAGGUUAGUAUUGUGGUGUAAUUAGAAUGUUGAUCCAUCCUCCGUUUACUAUCACAGCCAUUAAACUCGAACUCUUUUAAAGUCA